AGUGUCACUUGCAACACGAUCAUCCUACCAUCACCCUCACCAUCACCAUCACCAUCACACGACCCCCUCGCCGACUAUGCCUACCGUCGCAGUAGACAAGGAGAGGUUCCUCGCCUCUCUCGGCAGGACCUAUACCGUAGAAGAGUUCGACGAGCUCUGCUUCCAGUUCGGCAUCGAGCUCGACGACGACACCACCGAGGAAUGUCAAAAGGCGGGCAACGGGGAACGACCACAGCUCAAGAUCGACAUUCCGGCCAACAGAUACGACCUCCUUUGUCACGAGGGUAUUUCGAGAGCAUUACGGGUAUUCCUUGGGCAGAUAGAGCAGCCUCAGAUCAAGCUCACACAGCCCAAGGAAAUCAUUCAGAUCAAGGUAGACGCAAAGGUAGACUCCAUUAGGCCAGUCAUUUUGGGCGCCGUCCUCAGGAACAUCACCUUCACACCAGAGAGCUAUGCAUCCUUCAUCGACUUGCAAGACAAGCUGCAUCAGAACUUGGGGAGGAGGAGGACACUCGUCUCCAUGGGUACCCACGAUCUCGACACCAUUUCCACCCCCAUCUACUAUGAAGGACUCGCCCCAGCUGAGGUCAAAUUCGCCCCGCUAAAUCGCCCUGGUCAGGUCAUGGACGGCCCUACACUGAUGACCACCCUUGAGGCCGACCGUCAUCUGUCUCGCUACCUCUCCAUCAUCAGGGACUCGCCAGUCUACCCAGUCGUGUUAGAUGCCAACAAGACUGUAUGCUCCCUUCCCCCCAUUAUCAACUCAGAACACAGCAAGAUCACACUCAAGACCAAGAAUGUCUUCAUUGACAUGACUGGAACAGACGCAACCAGAUGUCAGCACGCUCUUUCCGAGCUGGUAAGCAUGUUCAGCCAAUACUGUGGGGAGGAAUACACCGUGGAGCCAGUCGAGGUCAUCUACCCUUCCGGCCGAGUCGAGAUCACCCCCAAUCUAGAAGCAAGGCGGACAACGGCCAGCGUCGAGUACAUCAACCGAUGCACCGGUCUGGACCUUUCGCCCCAGCGAUGUGUCGAGCUGCUGCAGCGCAUGGGUCAUCAGGCCAAUGUUUCUUCGGCCUCGCAAGACACUCUCGAGGUGUCUAUCCCCUCUACCCGACCCGAUGUCCUGCAUCAGUGCGAUUUGAUGGAAGACGUAGCAGUCGCAUACGGUUUUGACAAUCUCCCAAGGAGAUUCCCCUCGACCAACACAGUGGCCGCACCUCUGCCUAUCAACAAGCUGAGCGAUCUUGUCAGGAGAGAUAUCGCAUAUGCAGGCUGGAUUGAAGCAUUGAGCUUGAUCCUGUGCUCGCAUGACGAAGCCUACGCCUACCUCAACCACAAGGAUCCCGGAACAGAAGCCAUCCUGCUGGCUAACCCCAAAUCUGCCGAGUACCAGCUCGUGCGGACAUCACUGCUUCCUGGUCUGUUGAAGACGAUUCGGGAGAAUCGAAAGCACGCUCUGCCUCUGCGGCUCUUCGAAGUUUCUGACGUGGGAUUCAAGGACGCAGACGACCUGGAAAGGUGCUCGAGGAACGAGAGGAGGGUCUGUGCUACCUAUACCGACAGGGUGGCGCGAUUCGAAGUCGUCCAUGGACUUCUCGGGCGGAUCAUGCAGGUCUUGGAUGCCAAGUACCUGAGCGGGGGCGAGAGGACAAAGGAUGUCAAGGGCUGGUGGAUUGAAGAGAGUGAUGAUCCCACUUUCCUCCCUGGCCGUGCAGCGGUUAUCAAGUUCCGCCCAGGGUCUUCAGCAACAGCUGGCCGAUCAUCACUAGCAUCAACAGGUCCCUCAGCCGAGCCCACUCUGCAGGCAGCUGCUGUUUCGGAGGGCGAGAGCGCCGCGACAUUGCCCACUCAGGGCGUGUCAGCAGAAGCACAAGGGAGCGGUGUGGCUCAAAAGGAGGACGUGAAACAUCUAGGAAAGGACUCGUCUGCAUCUGCUUCCUCCUCGAUAGGCAAGACUGUCGACCACAUCAGUCGCAAGCUAGCUCAAGCACUGUCCCUGAGCGGCGACAGUGACAAGAACAGUGGCGUGCUGACAAUUGGCAAAUUGGGUGUACUCCACCCGGAGGUACUGAAGAAGUUCGAGCUGGAUUGGCCGACUGUCAGUCUGGAGUUUGAUCUGGAGGUCUUCCUGUGAAGGGGCUGCUGGUGCAGCAAGGUGGUAAAAAAGUCCUUCAUCAUGCGACCUACCCUGACAACUCAACUGUGUAUGCUAUAGUGAGGUGUACCAACCUUUUUAGAUGUGCAGCAAUGCAUCCUUCACCUCGUCGUCGAUGCUGUC